AUGCAGCUUGCGAUAAUUGCCACUGUCGCGUUCUCAUUCGUCGCGGGGGUGGCAUCAAGACCUGCAAAAUGGUUCGCUGAACUCGCAGAUGAUAUUGGCUCACUGAAUCUGGCACAACAGCUAUGCAGCCUCAAGCCUUGUUUGUUCGGCGACGCGAGCUUCGAUGGCUAUUUGCUUUCCUGCCAAUGCCCGGACAUGCCAACUAACCUCUUUGCGGAUCCUUGUGAAGGUCUCGAAUGUCCCAGCGCUACCGAACCAUUCUACUCAGUGUUGGAUCAAGACUGUUACUGCGGCACAAUGGAGGCAUGGUUUGCCAAAGAGGAGAGCAUAUUGCAGCAACUUGAGAACGAAGGUCGCCUGGCUGUGCAAAAGGACAUUUUCGAUGAACAAUAUCCAGAAGAAGCAAUGCGUUAUGACCUCCGUCGGCGACAAGAAUCGCCAACUGCUUCUACGCCAGCGCACACUGCGAUUCCGACCUUCAUACCUCCGCCUGCGCAAGACAUCACGCCGGAACUUCUCAAUCAGUCACUUAGUAUUCAGCCACAAAACACGGCAACCAUUUCCUCGAUUAUUCCCUACUUUAUGGACAACGUGUUGAGCGUCUACAUACAACUGAAAGGAAUGGUUGCAGAUACUCUGAUUGUGAAUGCAAGCGCUUCAUUACCUUGUGGCGGUAUUGGUGUUGACCCUGAGCCAAGCCUGGCCCUGGUCCCAAAGGUCGUCAAGCAAGGAGAGGGUCAGCCACAAAUCCAGGUUGCCGACUGCCAAUGCAUCGCUGUCAACAUGUACGAUCCCAACUUCAUCACUUACUGGAUACAGAAAAUCUCUGAUGGGAGCAUCUAUUCCCUGACAGGAAGUAACAAGGUGAUCGACAUCGACAAAAUGGACACGACUCAGAGCACGGCCUUGGAUCUUGUCACUCUGUCUGCCGCACACACAGAGCGCAGCAUCACAAACAUCGAAUAUGUCCAACCGGUGCGACGCCAAAUUUUUGGCAUCAAAUGUGGCCAGCCAUGUCCUUUCUAUCACAUGCAGGUCAUUCAAACCACGGACGGCUACUGUGGUUGCAUGUUCCACGGCGCUGAUGAGAAGAUGGACCUUUCCACGAGAGCAUUGAUAGUUCCUGAUAUCAACGCUGCGACCAUGACUGAAGCCGCCUGCAAGGCAAUGCUCUGUUACAACAAUGGCAAUCAGCCAGCCGUCUUCAACCCAUUUAGCUUGACUUGCUGGUGCAAUAGUCCACCAGCCAUUGACUACAACGCCGAGGGAUGGAAACCUGACGCCUAA